UAAUAUAUAUAAUAGAUGAUAUAUCUGAGUGAAUUAUAUGAACACGUAGGCUUGUUCAAUAGUUAUUUUAAACUAUACAGUCUUGGUCAAAGCUGGCUUUUUCAUGGACAACACAGAAGCAGGGGUCCUAGACUUAGCAACGGCCGUUGCGUUCCUGGCAACAGGCUCAUUAAUGGAACACAAAGCAGGCGGGACAUGCUUGGAGGAAGGAGACGCCUUUGAGUCUCAGAAAGCGGCAGAAGGAUCCCUCAGCUGUAAUGUGCAUCCAAAGAACUCCUCCAGAGACUCCCCCCACAAAAGAGAGAUCAUGUCUCUUUAUCUCUACACAUGACGGAAAUGCAUAUAGUGCAGAGAAGGCAGCAGUGGACUCAGCACUCACAGGUGGAGGAUGGAAAUGGGUCAUGACCGGGAGGAGUUUUCUCUGAGUGGACUUGUACGACCCGCUUUGUUUUAGAUCCUUGCUCUUUGGAUUAUUCUCUUCAUCCUGAUCUGUGACUCCCACCGCUUCCACUGAGUUUGCAGUUUCAACAUUAUUCUGUUAACACUGCUAGUCGUGGCAUUUUUUUUUGUUGAAUUAAAGCAUCGUCAUGUUUAUUAGAACAACUCUUCUCCUCUGCUUUGUGGUUCCAUUCUUAAAGCCUGUCCAUUGCACGGAAAGUGAAAUUUGCUUUCCGAUCACAUUGGAUGACGAUGACUGGAGGGAUUCUGACAACGACGUGGAUACUCUUCGUGGAAAACGUGUCAUAAAGAUACGAGCGUUCCAGCAGGAAUUUGUGAUAGAUUUACUCCACGAUUCUGACUUCAUCGCUCCCUCCUUUUCUAACCAAGACGCGUUUUGGUCCCCGAACACUGAUGCCAGCACUGACCUCAGCUGGUGUUUCUACUCCGGAUAUGUGAACGCUGACCCAUACUCAUAUGCUGCUUUAAGCAUCUGCAAAGGUUUACGAGGUGCAUUUGGUUUCCAAGGUUGGGAAUAUUUUAUCAGCCCGGUGCAAAAUGACACCAGAAGCGCGGAGAGUGCGCACGAUAUUCGGCGCAGAAAGAGCAACAACCUCAAGCACAGCUCAGCCUCCCGGUGCGCCGUGGACAGCCAUUUAAGCCUCCAGGAGGCUCAGUCACUCGAGAAGUACAAGCACCUGACAGACUACGACAACGUAACCGAGACUAUGCUGAAGAGGAUGGGGAGAGCCAAAAGAUUCGCCUCUGUCCCCAGAUACGUGGAGACGCUCGUGGUGGCGGACGAAUCCAUGGCUCACUUCCAUGGAGAUGACUUAAAACACUACCUCUUGACAUUAAUGUCAGUAGCAGCGAGGCUGUACAAGCACCCCAGCAUCCUCAACUUCAUCAGCAUCACAGUUGUCAAGAUUGUUAUUAUUACAGAGGCGGACAAAGGACCUAAGGUAUCCGGGAAUGCAGCCAUGACGCUCCGAAACUUCUGCACUUGGCAGAAAAAGAUGAAUAAAAACAACGAUAAACAUCCAGACUACUGGGACACGGCUAUUCUUUUCACAAGAGAGGACCUCUGUGGAGCCUCCACCUGUGACACUCUUGGCAUGGCAGAUGUUGGCACCAUGUGUGACCCAAAAAGGAGCUGCUCUGUGAUAGAGGACGACGGCCUGCCCUCAGCCUUCACCACUGCUCAUGAACUUGGACAUGUGUUCAACAUGCCACAUGAUAACGUGAAGGCCUGUGAAGAUGUGUUUGGAAAACUUCAGGACAAUCACAUGAUGUCCCCGACACUUAUUCAGAUCAAUCGCACCAGCCCCUGGUCCCCCUGCAGUGCUGCAAUCAUCACUGAAUUUCUAGAUGGCGGACAUGGGGAAUGUCUGCUGGACCAGCCUCAGAAACCUCUGGUCCUCCCUGACGUGCUGCCUGGAACGUCCUACAGCCUCAGCCGUCAGUGUGAGCUCGCCUUUGGCGAAGCCUCCGAGCCUUGUCCCCUCAUGCAGCCACCUUGCGGCCGUUUGUGGUGCACGGGGAAAUCCAGCGGCCACUUGGUGUGUAUGACCCGGCACUUCCCCUGGGCAGAUGGCACCCACUGUGGCAAUGGGAAGGUCUGUGACCGAGGGCUCUGCUCCGACAAGCAGGCCCAGAACCUGAAGGUGGAUGGCCGUUGGGGUAAGUGGGGUCUGUUCGGUUCCUGUUCGCGCACAUGUGGAGGUGGAGUACAGCUGUCAAAGAGGGAGUGUAACAACCCAGUUCCAUCAAAUGGUGGUAAAUACUGCCAAGGAAUCCGGGUCAAAUAUCGCUCCUGCAACUUAAAUGGCUGCCAUGAUACAGGUAAAACCUUUCGUGAGGAACAAUGUGAGAACACAGGCCACAGUUUCAGCAGUAACCACAUCCCCCAUCCUGUGGUGUGGGUACCCAAGUACUCUGGAAUUUCUCCUGAUGACAGGUGUAAACUCAUCUGCAGGGCCAAUGGCACCGGCUACUUCUAUGUGCUGUCACCAAAGGUUGUUGAUGGGACUCCAUGCUCUCCAGAUUCCACAGGAGUGUGUGUCCAAGGAAAGUGCAUUAAGGCUGGAUGUGAUGGCAAAAUUGGCUCCACCAAGAAGUUUGAUAAGUGUGGAAUCUGUGGAGGUGAUAAUAAAGGCUGCAAGAAAGUGUCAGGACUCUUCACAAAGCCUGCGCACGGCUAUAACUUUGUUGUCAUGUUGCCAGUUGGGGCAGCCAACAUAGACAUACGUCAGCGAGGCUACAAAGGAAUGAGGAGUGAUGACAACUUCUUGGCAGUGAAGAACAGCCAAGGCAAUUAUCUCCUGAAUGGGAAUUAUGUAGUUUCAGCUGGUGAACGAGAUAUCAUUGUAAAGAAUAGCCUGCUGCGCUACAGUGGCACAUCUGGCCUCUCAGAGACAUUGAUGGCUGUGAAGCCACUAGGAGAAGGCUUGACUGUGGAGGUGCUGUGUGCAGGCAAGAUGACACCUCCUCGCAUCCGUUACUCCUUCUACCUCCCCCGUCAGAUCAAAGAGGACAAAACUCUGAGGAAGGGAUGGCGUACAAGCUCCCACAACAGUGUCCUUGAUGAGGACAGUAGCAAAGAGAAAGAAGGAGACAUGCUCAAGAGCUCCUACAGUAAGGAGGAGUCUGCUUCUGCUAAAUGGAUAGCCACAGCCUGGGACAAGUGCUCCGUGUCCUGUGGUCAAGGUUUCCAGAGGAGGAUGGUGCAGUGUCUAAAACCGGACGGGAUGCCAGGGUUUGACUGCGAUUCUUCUCAAAGACCCUCAGCCACUAGGGUUUGUGAAGAGCCGUGUGCUGACUGGCAUAUUGGGCAGUGGUCGCCCUGCUCCAGAACCUGUGGAAAAGGCUUCAAGAGACGACCACUGUACUGCAAAAGCCAGACAGGAAGUCUUCUCACAAGGGAUCACUGCACUGGCUUACGUAAACCACAGGAGCUGGACUUCUGUAACCUAAUUCCUUGUUAGUGAUUUAACCCUAUAAGCAACAUAUGUUUCCUUAUGAUGUUAAUGGACUGAAUUGAAUUCCACCCUCACCUAUAAUGCGAUGUCUAUCAGAUGCAGAUGUUUACACCUGCAUCAUAGAACAGUUGAGAGAUAUUUGUUGUAAUAAAAUCAAAAGUAUUGGAAGGAAGGUGACAGCUGGAGGAUAGUUGCUGGAAAAUAGCUUUCACUGUCAUCAUUUUUUUACAUUUGAAAUGAUCUAGAUAUGAUUCUGAUGGGAAGAUGGCAUGUUUAAAAAAAACAGUAAGAUCAAAAUUACUUGUGCAAGGAAUCAUCCUAUAGUGCCAUGAGUGUGCAACCCAUUUAAGCCGUAAUAUUUUAAUUUCAUAGUUGGGUCCUACGAAAAAUCUGGAAAUGCCAGAUGCUACUCCAAAAGAUGACCAAAAAAAUAUUUCAAAUAGCAGAUAAACCAAGAAUGUCAAAUAAAAAUGUCCUGACAGAUUAGAAUCCCCCCUACCCCCCCUCCCUCACAAUAUCUUUCAUUUUGAAAGGAAACAUGAUUUGAAAUGUUUUUCCUUGUAGUGAUACAUUACCAGUACGUUUGGAAAAGCUAGCUGCUUUAGUAAAUCAGGGCAUCAAAUUCAUGCUCAGAGCCUUUAUGACCGAUCGGACUAACAGAAGGGAGCAGGACACAAUCUCUCUCAGCUUAAAGCUAAAGAUAAGGUUUAAUUUGAGGUCACACACGACAGUUUGAUACUCAUUUCUGCUUUACUUCCUGCCUGUUUUGUUAUGUUUGUUUCAUCGCAGCCUUUUUUGACCCCAACCAUUUGUCUUCUCAUGUCAGCAUCCUCAGCAGGUCGUAAAGCCUGUCUGGUAGAUUUACUAUUGAAAAUUUAUCAUCAGUAAAACAAUAAAGCACAGAGGGAGCAUGGUGUUCUGGAUCGUCUUGUUCGUGUCUCUGCAACCUGAACCAGCCUCAUCUGCAGUCUGUAUGAAAUUCCAUAAUCCAUUUAAUCUAUUGUGUACUUCUUGUUUUAAGAGCCCAUUUUCACCAAUCCAUCACCAAGUGUCAGGAUAGUUCCUGUAUUAGUUGAAUUGUUGUUAUUAUUUUAUUUUAGUUUGUUUUUCUCAUUUUCUAAUCACCUUUUGCACUUUGUACAGCAAAAGAAACCCACGACCUACAUGAGCUGUGCUGUAUACUAUGUAUACAUUUAUUCAGCUCUGUGCAAAAAAAUGUAAAUACUUUUUUUACACAGGCAUUUGUCAUUGUCUUUGACUUUUGCAUAUUUAUUCUAAAAUAAAGCAAUUACCGAACAAUGAUAUUCUUGUAUUUUAAUGCCCAGUGAAAUAUAAAUUCUGA